AUGACUUACAUGUAUCCAUCCAAAUUACAUUGUUUUAAAGUGAAAUAUUCACAUCAAUAUUUGUGUGUAUUUGCAGUGGUUUCGGUAAUAGCAAAAUUGGAUUUGGAGGAUCCUGAUGAAGGUGAACUUAUUCAAGGCUUACCACCAAAGUGUAGUUUAACAGAUCAUAAAUGUCUACAAAAAGAAUGUCCAAAGCGUCCAUUUGAAAGAUUUCAUCGUUGCUUGGCUGCAUGUCCACAAACAUGUGAGAAUUACGUCAAAAUAGGUAGUCAAGUGUGUAAUAAAUGUGUUGCUGGUUGUGUUUGUAUUGAUGGAUUUGUACGUAAUGAAUAUGAAAGAUGUGUUCCUCAUAACCAAUGUAAAAGAAAUUUUCACUGACAAUUACAAAUUAUUCUACAAGAUUUUUCAACUUAUCAAUUACAAAAAUGGUGCAGUCUGUAGCGUAGAAGAGAAUCGAAUUUAAGUUACAUACACCCAUGUACACC